AUGUUGGAGGGGUAUGCCUCCUCUCUUCCUCUACCAGCCUUCUUAUUAGAAGGCACUGGCUUUGGGGUCAACGGUGUUCGGUCCUAUUCUUUAUCAUGCCCAAGAUUAAUAAGAAAUCCUAUUUUAAAAUCUUCAAGUUGUAACCUCCUCAAUUUGAGGUCCUAUGUUGGCCGUAAUUCGGGAAACAGUCCUCAUACUGACAAUAAUGACAACGAAGAUGACCAGGAUGCUUAUGAAGUCUCUGUUGAGCCUGAAAGUUGGGAUGACAGCACUGAGAUAGAGAUAGAAAAGACAGGCAAGAAUAGCCGUAGAAUACGAUCAAAGGUAAACGUGGAGGCCAGCCUGCAAACUGUCUGGGACAUCUUGACAGAUUACGAAAGGUUGGCUGACUUUAUUCCUGGCCUUGCAGUCAGCCGCUUGCUUGAGAAGAGUGAUAAUUUUGCCCGUCUCUUUCAGAUUGGGCAGCAGAAUUUGGCAUUUGGACUCAAAUUCAAUGCCAAAGGUGUUAUUGAUUGUUAUGAGAAAGACCUUCAGACUCUUCCCAAUGGCCAGAAGCGUGAUAUUGAGUUCAAGAUGAUUGAGGGCGACUUUCAACUGUUUGAAGGAAAAUGGUCUGUUGAACAGGGAGUGGAAUGCAAUACAGAAAGUGAACGAAGUGGUUCUAUCGUUGGCCAGGAUUUGCAAACAACGCUUUUGUAUUCUGUUGAUGUGGAACCCAAAUUGUGGUUGCCUUUGGCUUUGCUGAUUAUCCCUAAGAAUAAAAUAACAUGA